AUGCACCUGCCAGCCCGAGCGCGCACUACGUCCAAAUUGGAUUUGGGACUGUACUCGCGCCAGGUCUACGUCCUGGGACUGGAGACCAUGAAGAAGCUCGCCGAAACGAACGUGCUCAUCUGCGGAGUCAAGGGUCUGGGCCUCGAGAUUGCCAAGAAUGUGGUCCUCGCUGGCGUCAAGUCCGUGACUCUCCAUGACACUGAAGCGGCAGUGUUGAGCGACCUCUCAUCGCAGUUCUACCUGUUUGAGGAAGACGUGGGCAAAAACAGAGCUGAGGUUCGUCUUCACCACUUCUCUUGCAAGUGCUGCAUUGCCUGCGUGCACCGAGUGGCUGAGCUCAACCCUUACGUGACCGUGAAUGCCCACACGGGAGCCCUGGACGAGGCCUUCCUCUCCUCUUUCCAGGUCGUGGUGAUGACCAACGCCAAGUCCACCUCCGAGCUGACGAGGGUGAGCACCUACUGCCACGACAACCGCAUCGCCUUCUGCUGGGCCGAGACCAGGGGUCUCUUCGGCACGAUCUUCACCGACUUUGGCGACAGCUUCGUCGUGGUGGACACCAACGGCGAGGAGCCCGAAAGACACAUCAUCAGCUCGAUCAGCCAGGACAACCCCGCUAUUGUUACGGUGCACGACGAGAGCAGGCACGGUCUGGAGGACGGCGACCAAGUGAUCUUCGACGAGGUCGAGGGCAUGACGGAGCUCAACAGCGCCAAGCCGGUGAAGGUCACCGUCACUGGGCCUUAUACUUUCCAGAUUGCGCUCGAUACCACGGGUUACACGGCGUACGAGCGCGGAGGCGUGGUUCAGCAGGUGAAGGUGCCCAAGGAGCUCAAGUUUUCGUCGCUUGCCAAGUCCUUCCUCACGCCGGGCGAGUUCACGAUGAGCGACUUUGCCAAGAUCGGGCGCGCCGAGCAGCUGCACUUUGGCUUCCAGGCCCUCCUGGCCUACCAGGACAAACACGGCGAGCUGCCGCCCGUGGGCGACGAGAACGCCGCGAACGAAGUCGUCCAGCUGGCCAAAGACUUGAAUCAGCAGGCUAAGAACGAGAACGCCAGCAGAAUCGCUGACAAGGUGCACGAGGUGGAGGAGAUCGAUGAGGACAUUAUCAGAAAGCUGGCCAUGUUCUCGCGUGGCGACCUGAGCCCUAUGAACGCCUUCUUCGGCGGUAUCACGGCGCAAGAAGUGCUCAAGAUCUCGGGCAAGUUCCACCCCCUCUUCCAGUGGUUCUACUUCGACGCCGUCGAGGCCCUGCCCAGCGAGCUCAACCUCGCCGACCACGCCCCGGUGGGCAGCCGCUACGACAACCAGAUUGCCGUGUUCGGCAAGUCGUUCCAGGACAAGCUCGAGCAGCAGAAGUACUUCCUCUGCGGUGCGGGUGCCCUCGGAUGCGAGUUCCUGAAGAACUUUGCCAUGAUGGGUCUGGCCUGCGGCGAGAAGGGCACCAUCUUCGUGACGGACAUGGACAACAUCGAAAAGUCCAACCUCAACCGCCAGUUCCUCUUCCGCGACUAUGACAUUGGCAAAAUGAAGUCGCAGGCCGCCUCGGCGGCGAUCAAGGUCAUGAAUCCUCACAUCCGUGUGACACCCUACGAGAUCCCCGUCCAAACUGAGGAAACCUUCACGGAGGAAUUCUGGCGUUCUCUCGACGGCGUGUGCAAUGCUCUGGACAACCUUGAGGCCCGCCGCUACACCGAUUACCAGUGCGUCACCUACGGCAAGCCUCUCCUCGAGUCUGGCACCCUCGGCGCCAAGGCCAACACGCAGGUCGUCUUGCCCCACAAGACCGAGUCGUACUCGGCCUCGGCCGAUCCUCCCGAGAAGACCAUUCCCAUGUGCACGCUCAAGAACUUCCCCAACAAGAUCGAGCACACCAUCGAGUGGGCGAGGGACUUGUUCGGCGGCUUCUUCAAGAACCAGGCCGAGGAUGUGAACAACUACCUGGACAACCCCGACUACGUGAAGAAGCUCAAGGCCAACACCAAUAUUGGCGUACUCAAGAAGACGCUGGAGGGUAUCGAGGCUUACCUGGAGAAGGGCAACACAAUUACCAUCAAGGACUGUGUGGCCUGGGCGCGCGUGCACUUCGAGGAGCUUUUCCACAACAACAUCGCUCAGCUGGCCUACAACUUCCCCGAGGACCACAUCACCUCCAACGGCGUUCGCUUUUGGUCGGGUCCCAAGCGCUUCCCCCGCGCGCUCGCGUUUUCCGAGGACGACACGCUGCACAUGGAUUUCAUCAUCGCCGGCACCAAGCUCCUGGCGCACCUCUACGGCAUCGACGACCAUAUCUCGAUGGAGGAGAUCCACGAGGUCCUGAAGACCACCACCGUGCCCACAUUCGUGCCUAAGAAGGUCAAAAUCCAGACGGACCCUGGCCAGCAGGAGGAGCCCAGCGGUGGCGGUGACGAACACGACGCGGACGAGGCGGCCAUCCAGCGGAUCGUCGGGUCCCUCCCCGAUAGGCAGCAGGUGGGCGACUGGCGGUUGAAGCCGAUCAAUUUUGAGAAGGACGACGACACCAACUACCACAUGGCCUUCAUCACUGCCGCCUCCAACCUUAGGGCGCGCAACUACUCCAUCAAGGAGGCCGACGUGCACAAGACCAAGCAGAUCGCGGGCAAGAUCAUUCCUGCCAUUGCCACCACCACGGCCAUGAUUACUGGUCUUGUGUGCCUGGAGCUCUACAAGCUGGUGCAGGGCGACAAGAAGCUGGAGCAGUUCAAGAACGCGUUCGUCAACCUUGCGCUCCCGUUCUGGGCCUUCUCGGAGCCUCUCCCGCCAGCAGUUCACAAGGGCAACGAGGCCGAGGGCACGAAGAGCUAUCCGGCGGAGGGCUGGACCGAGUGGGACAAGAUCGAGUUCAACAUGACCGAGCAGACCACGCUCCAGGAGCUCGUCAACCGCUUCAAGGAGGAGCACAACAUCGUCGUCAACUCCAUCGCCAGCGGCGUGGGGCUCAUGUACACCUCUUACCUGCCCGGCCACAAGGCCCGCCUCCAACAGCCGGUGACGGACAUCUGGUGCACGGUGAACAAGAAGACGAUCCCGGCCACGAAGCACUUCUUCCUCCUCUCGGUAGAGGGCGAGGACGCCGCGACCGGCGACGAGCUCGAGCUGCCCGACAUCCACUUCAGGUUCCGCUCUGUGGCGUGA